GAUAAGUUAUUUAAAUAUAAUGGACACAGGUCCAAAACAGAAAAGACAAAUAAAUCCACGAUGCAAAGCAAAUAUAUUUUCAGUUUUAACGUUCGGAUGGACGUUAGAAACAUUCAAACUUGGUUACAACCGUGACAUCAAGGAAAGUGAUCUGUAUGGACCAUUACCGGAACACCGUUCAGAUGUCUUAGGUGAUGCCCUCCAAAGAACUUGGGAUAGAGAAGUCGAACAGAGGCUAGCAGAUGGUUCCAAGCCCAGCUUGUGGAAGGUCCUUCUCAAAGUGUUCGGUCCUGAGCUCAUGUUGUAUGGCUUAAUACUUGCAGCAAUGGAAUUUUUGAUCAGGCUACAGCAACCACUGUUUCUGGGUUUGUUACUACGAUACUAUAGCCCAACUCAAGAAUUACACAAUAGCACAACAAAUUCGACGUAUAUCUCCCGUCUAUUCAACUAUUACCAUAUGGAAGACAGUAUCACGUGGGGAGAGGCCGUGUUCUUUUCGUGUGGUAUCGUAUUCUGUAGCGCAGUUAAUGUGAUGGUACAGCAUCCAUUCAUGAUGGGUGCAAUGCAUAUAGGGAUGAAAAUGAGAGUUGCCGUGUGCAGUCUUAUUUAUAGAAAGGCUUUAAAAGUAAGCUUACAAGCUAUAUCUGAAAAUAAUGCAGGUUUAGUGGUGAACAUAAUGGCGAAUGAUGUUAACCGUUUUGAUACGGGGCCGCUUUUCGUCCACUACCUUUGGAUCGGACCUUGUGAAACUCUGCUGAUGACAUUAUAUUUGUAUAGAGAGAUGGGUAUGGCUGCAGUUUAUGGAGCUUUGGUUAUUAUGGCUGUAGUACCCUUCCAAAUAUUUUUGGGAACUAGAACAGCCCGUUAUAGAAAAGGGACUGCUUUAAAAUCCGACGAAAGGGUGAGACUCAUGAAAGAAAUCUUAAUGGGAAUGGAAGUUAUAAAAAUGUAUACAUGGGAACAACCAUUUCGAAAAAUUCUUGACGAUAUUCGACGGGGCGAAAUAUACUACAUCAAGAUGACGUCAUACAUCCGGGGCAUGAUAAUGUCCUUCAUCAUGUUCACAUCUCGUUUUGGUAUCUUCAUCACUGUGCUGUUAUAUGUGAAAUAUAUCAACAAAAUCACUGUAGAAAAUGUCUUCUUUCUUACUUGCUUUUACAAUAUUCUAAAGCAGACCAUGACGUUAUAUUUUCCUCAAGCUAUUAGUCAGAUAGCUGAAAUGAACGUAGCCGUUCAGAGAAUACGUGAUUAUUUAUUGACCGAAGAGUGUUAUCCUUCUGCUAAGAAAUUAGAAGUUAAUAUAAAAAGUGUGACUCCUAAGAAGAAAGUCACUAUAGAGCAAAAAGUUGAAGCAAUAAUCACAUUCAAUAAAGCCAAUAGUCGUUGGAUAAAGUCCUCUAAGAGAGAUGCCGUGGAAGAUAUCGACUUAAAGAUAUUAUCUGGUUCUACAACAACCAUAAUAGGAGCAGUUGGUUCAGGUAAAUCUACCUUGCUGCAUAUGAUGCUUAACGAAUUACCGUGUUCCCAAGGCGAUAUGGAAAUCAUAGGAUCUAUAAGCUAUGCCAGCCAGGAUCCUUGGCUUUUCGUUGGUACUAUUCGUCAGAAUAUUUUGUUUGGACAACCUUUCAACAAAUCUCGUUAUAUGGAAGUUUGUAAAGUCUGUGCUUUAGAAAGAGAUAUUUCAUUAUUUCCACAUGGUGACAAAACUGUUGUUGGGGAACGUGGUGUCUCGUUAAGUGGAGGACAACGUGCCAGGAUCAAUCUAGCAAGAGCUAUAUACAAAGAAGCUGAUAUUUACUUAUUGGACGAUCCAUUAUCGGCUGUUGAUUCUCAAGUAGCCAAGCAUAUAUUUGAAAAAUGUAUAAAAGGGUAUCUUGAAGAAAAGACCGUAAUAUUAGUAACACACCAGCUACAGUUUAUUAAGUCAGUAGAUCAAAUUAUUAUAAUGGAUAAAGGAAAAGUUAUUGCUGAGGGAGGUUUUGAAGACUUGAAUGAACAAGAUUUAAAGAUAAUAGAAUUAAUGGCGGAUAAAGGUCGGGAAGUGCGUGAAGAAGAUGACACAAAAGUAAGACAGAGCAUAUCGAUGUCACAACCGAGUACAGUCAGUUUACAUCGACGACGCUGGUCCCUUUUAUUCAAUACUAGUGCCACAGAGCAGACACAGGAGGCAGAAUUACAAACUACGGGUCGAGUACAUGGCUCUGUCUACCGCGAAUAUUUUAUGACUGCUGCUUCUUGUCCAUAUGUUACUGUUGUUUGCAUCAUGUUUAUUCUGGCACAAGUUUGUGGAAGCACUUGCGAUUAUUGGAUAAGUAGAUGGAGUGAGGUUGAAGACCGAUUAACGGGUGAUUCCACUUUAGAUAACCUCUUGUGGUCUCAACAAGGCCUCGUACGGAAUGAUUUCGUUUUGAUUUUCGGCAUAAUUACAUUAGCAACGAUUAUUGUAGCUUUAAUUAGAGCACUUAUUUUCUUUUCUCUGUGUAUGAAGUCAUCUAUAAAGCUUCAUGACAAAAUGUUUGAGAGCAUAUCACGGUCACCUAUGAGUUUUUUUCACGCAAACCCCUCAGGAAGAAUCCUAAACAGAUUUAGCAAAGAUAUGGGUGCUGUUGAUGAGUUGUUACCACAAGCCAUGAUUGAUUGCUUUCAAAUCCUUUUGAAUUUGAUCGGUGUCAUAGUGGUGAUCUUGAUGGCCGAUAUCACGUUAUUGAUACCAGUUAUAACUGCUCUGAUAAUAUUUUAUAUUUUGCGUAUAAUUUACAUACGAACUACAGGGGCCGUUAAACGUUUAGAAGGAAUAACUCGCAGCCCUGUCUUCAGUCACGUAAACGCCACAGUCCUCGGACUGGCCACAAUCCGUUCGUUCGGUGCUGAAUUGCUAUUAACCAGGGAGUUCGACCGACAUCAGGACUUGCACAGUGCGGCGUGGUACCUGUUCAUAUCAUGCAGCCGCGCGUUCGGAUACUUCCUCGACGUUAUCUGCUUAUUGUUCAUUAUAUGCGUCACAUUUAGCUGUUUGAUGAAGACUGAUAUGGAGAGUAGCCAUGUAGGCUUAGCAAUCACUCAGUCAAUAUCUUUGACUGGUAUUUUUCAAUGGGGCAUGCGACAAUCAGCAGAAAUGGAAAACCAAAUGACGAGCGUCGAAAGAGUUUUAGAGUACACCAAGCUGACUUUAGAGCCUGCUUUAAGAAGUACUCCAGAAAAAAUACCUCCUAACGAUUGGCCCUCGCAGGGGACCAUAAAUUUCAAUAAUCUCAGUUUGAAGUAUUCUCCAGACGGAAAUUAUGUAUUACACAAGUUAGCCUUAAAUAUUCAACCUCAGGAAAAGAUUGGUAUAGUAGGCCGGACUGGUGCUGGCAAAUCAUCAAUAAUACAAGCUUUAUUCAGGCUGGCGUAUUUAGAAGGGAUCAUUAUGAUAGAUGGCAUAGACAUCUCGACGAUUGGUCUUCAUGAUCUUAGGGAAAAAAUAUCAAUCAUACCUCAGGAGCCAGUUUUAUUCAGUGGCAAUAUAAGGAAAAAUUUGGAUCCAUUUGACGAAUAUCCGGACGAACUAUUAUUGAAGGCUAUAGAUAACGUGGAACUUCAAUCCGGAUAUGAAGGCACAGAGGCGCUAUACAAGCAAGUUGCAGAAGGCGGCACAAACUUUAGCGUCGGGCAACGCCAACUGGUGUGCCUGGCGCGGGCUAUAGUGCAUAACAAUAGAAUCUUGGUGCUGGACGAGGCGACCGCUAACGUGGACGCGCAGACAGAUGCUCUCAUACAGACUGCCAUAAGGCAACACUUCAGGGACUGCACUGUGCUCACUAUUGCACAUAGAUUGAAUACUGUUAUUGAUUCGGACAAGAUCCUAGUACUGGACGCUGGCCGGCUGAUGGAGUUCGAUCACCCACACAUACUCCUUCAGAACAAAAAGGGACACUUCCGAAGGAUGGUAGCCGAAACAGGGCCAGCAAUGGCGUCAUUACUCCAUAAACUCGCCGCCCAAAAUUAUAAAAUGAAGCAUUCAACUUAGGAGUGAACUAAUAAAUGACAAGAUAUUAUUAUUAUAAAUAUAAUAUGUAAUAAUUU